ACUUUAUAUACACAUUACAAGAUGCUUUCUGCUAAACUCGUAUUCGCUUCCCUCUUUGCCUUUGUGGCCUCAGCCUUUGCCGCUGAACUUGACUUGAAGACUCUCAAGGAAACUGGUCAUAAUGAUCUUGGUUUGUUCACUGUUGUAGAAGGUCGUCAUGGUUUGCAACUUGGAUGGUUCAAGCCAUUGGUUGGCAAGGAAGUCCAAAAGGUCCACUGCGGUGCUCAUGAACUUUGGAAAACUCAGAAUGAAGGCCACGAACUCAACGAACUUCUUGUUCUCUCCAAGUGCAAGGAGGCUGCUUUCGCUGUCGUCUCUGAAUUAACAGAGAAAGGAGGUUUGGCUCAUCACUACCUCGAGCUUGACCCAGUGGCUGGUGGUGUUAGGAAGGAGUAUGAUGCUAGCAAUACAGAGAACUUCAAGCUCUUCCUUGAAGCUGUAUUGACUGCUCUCAAUAAGGCUGGCGCUGUUGAGGCUCUAAAGCCACCAUAUCCAGCUGUUGCUGCUCACUUCUUCUUCCGUCACUUGAGAUUGGCUGGAGAGAAGGCUGCCGCUCAAGCCGGACACAAGCCAGAACUCAUGGCCUAAACAGGAUAACAUGUCUUUAAACAUUCCUGACUAAAUUGUUGAAGUCCAAACGAUGCCGUCUAUAGUAUAGACCGGGACUUCCAUGACCUUGUAUCAUGAAAGCAUCAAAAUGCAGGAAUACGUCAGUGUCUGACGAUUUUUAAAUCUUCUGCUAAA